GCUUUUUUUGUGCACAUUUCAACAACUUGUCAAAAACAAUGCUACGAUCGCUCAUCCGCCUGCCCUCGGCCGCCAACACCGCCGCCGCUGCUGCUGCUGCUGCGAGUGCUGUGACGUCCGUCUCACGCCGUGGGAUGAGCGCGGUGGUCGCGCUGUCCGAGGACCACCAGAUGCUGCGCCAGAUGUGCCGCGAUCUUGCCGACAAGGAGCUCGCGCCGAACGCGGCCAAGCACGACAAGGACCACUCCUUCCCGAAGGCGCAGGUCGAGCACCUGGCCAAGCUCGGGCUCAUGGGCAUCACCACGUCGACCGACUACGGCGGCUCUGGCAACGAUUACCUCGCGUAUGCCAUCGCCAUGGAGGAAAUCUCGCGCGGCGACGCCUCCGUCGGCGUGAUCAUGUCGGCCCACAACUCGCUCUACUGCGCGCCCGUUGGCAAGUUUGCAACCCACGAGCAGAAGAAGCUCUGGCUCACCCCGUUCGCCUCGGGCGAGCAGAUUGGCUGCUUUGGCCUCAGCGAGCCGGGCAACGGCAGCGACGCCGGCGCCGCUAGCACUACGGCAAAGCUCGUCGGCGAUGAAUGGGUGCUCAACGGCACGAAGGCAUGGAUUACCAACGCGUACGAAGCGUCCGCGGCGAUCGUCUUUGCCACCACCGACCGCAGCCUCAAGCACCGCGGCAUCAGUGCUUUCAUUGUUCCGACCAACGCUCCGGGCUUCUCCCUCGGCCGAAAGGAAGACAAGCUUGGCAUCCGCGGCUCCUCGACCGCCCAGCUCAUCAUGGAGGACUGCCGAAUUCCCAAGAACAUGCUCCUCGGCAAGGAGGGCGAGGGCUUCAAGAUUGCCAUGAUGACGCUCGAUGGCGGCCGCAUCGGCAUUGCUGGCCAGGGCCUCGGCAUUGCCCAGGCGUCGCUUGACUGCGCAGUCAAGUACGCCCGCGAUCGCAAGGCGUUUGGCAAGCCAAUCUGCGACCUGCAAGCCAUCCAGUUCAAGAUUGCCGACAUGAACCUCAAGCUGCACAGCGCUCGUCUGCUCACCUGGGCUGCCGCACAGAAGGCCGACAGCCACCUCGACUUUACCGAGUUUGCCGCCAUGGCCAAGCUCGCUGCUUCGGAGACUGCCACCUUCAACGCUCACCAGGCCAUCCAAAUCCUCGGCGGCAUGGGCUACGUCUCGGACAUGCCUGCAGAGCGCCACUACCGCGAUGCUCGCAUCACCGAGAUUUACGAAGGCACCAGCGAAGUCCAGCGACUCGUCAUUGCUGGCAAGGUGAUCAAGUCGUACGCCUAAAAUGCACGCCAAUGCACAGAUCUCUCUCUUUUUUAUUUUCCGUUUUCUCAUUUGCAUUUACUGACAAUCCGAGCCUAGAUACUGAGAAGGGUGUAGUGAAAAAAAGUUGUUGAUGUGAAGCUAGUGUAAUGUGCAUAAAGAGAGAAGAAAAAAUAUUACAAGCCACCCCAGUAUCAAAAAAC